CCAGCGGCUUGGCCCCCGCGAUCGGCCUCUCAUGGAGUUGCAGCCCGGAUGAAAGGCGUCGAAGCUGCCAAGAGGGUUGGAAAUGUGAAAGAACUGAAAACAAAGGAGAUGACGCGGAUCGGCAGUCCGCCACCGAGCGUUGCUUUCUUUGUAGACGCGAUUGCACCCAACCAAGGGGGACCAGUGCUCUAGCAAGUGUUUUCUAGUCAUGAAGCAGCUGCUGGUUUUUCUCUGUGCAAACCAAUACAACCGAGCUCAGCGAGUGCGAGAGCGAGCUCACCUUCACCAUAUGAUAGCGGGGAGAGAGACGGUAGUGCAGAACGGGAACUGGGAGUAGGAGUGGUGUAGUGCUUAAUUCGUAUUCAAUUACACAUAGAUACACCGUUUUUUGGAUGAGAAUGCUCUUGGUUGUUGACACCCAAAGGAGGGGGAGGAGAAUGCAGGAAUCAAAUGUAAGAGAGUGAGAAUCUAAGUUGAGUUAAGUGCGCAAGCAACCAAACGACCUAGCACAGCUCUUUCGGGGGCGCCAGCGUCGUGCCUGUUGCAACAACAAACGUUCCGAUAGCUAGCUUUCCAAGGGAUGAAAUUUUACGUUUGAUUGCUUCAAGAUCGAGCUCAAGGACGAAGCCGACCAGUGUCUUAAGAGCCAACCCCAACACCCACCGCCAUGCCGGUCCCCCUCGGGCGGGAUCCGCUGCCGCCGGAUUUCCGGAAUUCCAAGAAAAACAAGAAGUUGCGAAAACUGAAGAACAUCUUCCCACUUUCCGCGAUGCACAACAUUCUGCCCAUGAUUCCGAAGAUUCUGCACUUCCUUGUCGUGCUCGCGGUAGAGGCAACCCACAUCGCGGCAGUCACCACACUCUUGACGUUCUGCGCGGUGGAGAUUUACAGGCUGAGGGAACGAAAGCUUUCGGAGAAGCAGCCGCUGCUGGUAUGGUUUAGAUGUGCGGGUGUACAUGCCUGGCACCCUUUCGAUCAUGAUUCUGACAUGCAUUUCGACUUAUCAGCCCACACCCUUGCCCUCGGAAUCGAAAAAGCAAUUGACGAAGAUUCCCCUAUGUCCAUAAUACAAACCAGAUCCGACCCUACCUCUGCUACGCCUACGACAUCCUAUUCCCAAGUCUCGUGGCCGGCCAUCAUUUCGUCUACUACUUCACCUACGGACAGUUGGACGUCCUCCCCAUGAUCCAUCCUGUUCUUUACAAGAUCAUGGUCGUGGUUUCCGUCUACCAGGCGAUUAUCAACGCCGCCUUGUACUUCUCUUCCAGGCUCUUCUACUAUCUCGCCGAUUUGCCGCCGCAGUACGCAAAUCCGCCGCUACCGGCGAUUUUUCCCUUCCUCGCCUACGCCGUCAUCCCCUGGAGCACCUGGACCGUGUGGAUGCUGAACAUCCAACAGAAAUGGCGAGAUUUCCCCUUUUGGCUGCCGGUGUCCGCGAUUUUGGUUGCGCUCGUUUUCACCGGACGGUGGUAUUUAAGGAGACCAUGUGUGUUGGAGCUGCCGGAAGAUGGAAGGAAGGUACUUACCUCUAGAGAGUAUUGAUAAUGUAAAGUGGUAUAUAUCGAUCGUCUGUUCCUGUUGAGACUGCGUUUGGUUUUUCUGAACUGAUUUCUCAAAGGUAUGAAAGUAAAAGGCGAUCCAAAUCUUCGUUCUUGAAAAUCAAAAUAAACAUGAAAAAUCCUCGAAAAUAAAGAUCAAAGCCGUUGGUGACUGCGCGGUCGCUGCGAUCAGCUUUUUGGUUCUCCACUACGGCUUUAUGGAGAACGACUUCUUCCUCCGGACGAAGAAUUGGAAGUACAUUUUCGCAGCAACGAAUAUUUUCAUCUGGCCCAUGAUUUUCUGGCGAAAAAAGCUGCACACGUUCACCUUCGGCUUCUUUCGCGCGCGCCACAAGUACGCAGACGAAACCACGGCGAAGAAGUGGAUUGCGGACGUGGAGGAGAAAAAAACGAGCGGCCAGGAGCUCUUCCUCGGAUUGAGCAAGAAGCUCGGGCAGAUUUUGUACGACGUUGUGGUGGUUCCCACCGGAAGCAGUGUGAUGGACAAAUCUCUCCGCACAACAGCGUUUGUCCUCCGGUACGUGCCCUUGAGCUACAUUCCGGGCGGCGCGGAGGUCGCAAAGAAGCUAGAAGCGAUGGACUUCUACGGUGCUGGCGUAGUAACCGGAAAGCCAGCUGUUCCGGGAAAAUCUUCCAGUGGCGCAGGCGGGGCAAAAAAUAGAGCGGGGGCAACUUCUGCUGGCGGAGGCGGGACCAGCGCUAGAGGAGCUCCAGGUAACCAGUCUGCGCGUGGUCCAACGGCGUCUGGUGGCACAACAACCAGGAGCAGAAACAAGCAGCAGGAGUCUAGUGAGGACACGAUAUGUCCUCCGGCCGACCGUGUCACAUGGCAGAACCCACUCUCCGGCGAGAAAACAACUUUACCAGUCAUUUUCAACCGACGCAACGGGAUGAAACAGCGCACGGGAGCGCCAACAAGCGGUAGAACAGGAAUGUUACCGGAGAUGACAUCAACGGCGACUAAAGCUUCCUCGAGCGCUACUUCAACCACGUACGGUACGGUUGGCGGGCCGCCUAAGAUUGACACGGACCCAGAAACCUCGAACUACAAACCGGACGGCUGGGCGUUCCGCGACCCAACCGCAGGCAGGGAAGCACUACGGCCUCCAACACCCGCGCAGGCCGCCGUUCACGCCGAUGAGAUCCGACGGAGGCUUGCAAGCUUCCUGCAUUUGGAGCAAGAAGAUGGCCAGCCAAACGGGGCUGGCAACAGGUCGGGUGCAGCGUCUCCCGUAGCCGGCGCCGCGCAACUAUCCACACCCACUGGGAAGUUCGACACGUCCAGCUUGCUGUCCACACCCCAGUCUUCCUUGCUCGACCCGAACCAGGCGAGUCUUCUCAGUGGGUACAGCACCCCCGCCGGGCCGCCGCCACCAACGUUCAACGAGCGACACAACGCCACCGGGUUGCCGCCCUUGCAAUUGCCGCAGGAAGUGCAGAGCGAAGUGGAGUCGUUGUUAGACGCGUUGGAACGAGGCAUGGAAUUUGUCGACGAGGAAAGGUUGGACGCUCUGCUGGCGAAGUUGCACAAGCAAUGAACAAGAGUUGCUAUGCUGUGGGACAAUUUACCAAAAGUAAAAGCACUGCUCUGCACUACAUCAGAGGGUGAGUUCACUCACUUCAACAUCAACGCAUAUCACGCAAGUGAAGGGCUUUUUAUUGCAAAAACUAAGUAUACAUCAGCUUUAACUUUUACACUACGAUGGACAGGCACGGGCGCUCUACGCCGCCCCUUGUAAACGGAACGGCGAAAGGG